UUCCUUCUGCAAACACGCUCAGGGUUCCGUCCUGAGCGCUCUAACUCAGAGGAAAAUGACUUAUUUUAAAAAGCGGUGAAAGCAUCGCAUUCCUUUGGCACAGGAGGAAGACCAGCUCAGCUCCUCAGCCAGUCGAUCUUUGUUUAUUGUUCUCCAGACAGUAAACCACUAUUUCCACAUCGACAAGAUCCUGGGCUGCGUUUCUGUCCGAGUCCUGGCUCCUCAUGAAUAUGAACUGAAGGGCUCUGACCCAGAAAGUGGUAGGUUCUGAGCAGGGUAGAAUGGGGUCUCGGAAAUGCGGAAGCUGCCUGAGUAGUUUGCUGAUUCCUCUUGCACUUUGGAGUAUAAUUGUGAACAUAUUAUUGUAUUUCCCCAAUGGGCAAGCUUCCUAUGCAUCCAGCAAUAAACUCACCAACUACGUCUGGUAUUUUGAAGGAAUCUGUUUCUCAGGUAUCAUGAUGCUUGUAGUAGCAGCAGUUCUUCUUAUAUUGGAGAGUGACAACAACUAUAAAUGUUGCCAGAGUGAAAACUGCAGCAAAAAAUACAUGACAGUGCUGUCGAUGAUCUUUUCUGCUCUCGGAAUUACUUUCUCUGGAUACUGCCUGGUCAUAUCUGCUCUGGGCCUUCUUCAAGGCCCAUAUUGCCGUACCCUUGAUGGCUGGGAGUAUGCCUUUGAAGGCACUGCAGGACGUUUCCUUACAGAUUCCAGAGAAUGGAUUCAGUGCCUGGAACCCGCGCAUGUAGUGGAGUGGAACAUCAUCUUAUUUUCUAUUCUCAUAGUUCUCAGUGGGCUUCAAGUGGUUGUCUGCCUCAUCAGAGUGGUCAUUCAGCUGUCCAAGACCCUCUGUGGAACCUAUUCAGUCAUUAUCCAGCCUGGAAUCAUUUGACAAGGACAAGAAUGUUUUUCUUUAUCAAGAUAUGGCCAUCCACCUGUGUCUCCUGAAUGGACUGGAGGGUCACAUUCAAACGAUGUUUUUUUCUCUCCGGAUGGUGUUUGCUGUCCUCACUGCAAUGCUGUCCUUUUAAAAAUUUUUUCAAGGCUAUGUGUGUCAGGAUCUUCAGAAAUGUUCAUAUCUUUUUGAUCAAAUAAAAUCAAAUAAAAUCAAAUAAAUCCAACUUCAAUAAACUUCACUCUGAAAAUAAAUAAGAAUACAAGAUAAAACUUAAUGCAAACAUAUAUAUUUGAACAUCACUUAAUAUUCUGGAAAAUUAGAAAUACCCAGAAAAUAGAACUUUAUGGAAAGGAUUAAAUAAAGCAUGGUACAUUCUUUGUAA